AUGACGGUACAAAUGAAUCUCCCGCAAAUGCGUUCUAUCUGGAUCGAUGAAGAUCAAGAGGCAGAAAAACUAUACGGGCUUCAGGUCCAGCACUUGAUGGACUCCGACGGUGAGGAUCAAGUUGACAUGAUGCUGAUCAAUAGUGAUAGACCUUGUUUGAACAACAAAGAGCGAAUCGAACUACCACCUCUGAUGCCUGCUGCAUAUAAGCCCAGUCGUGGGAAAAAGCCAUUGCAACACGUAUCGGAAUCGAUAAGCGGCUCAUCGAAAAGUAAAACAAAAAAAAGUACGGGAAAAUUUCUCAGGUUCUUUAGAAGCAAAGAGACGCGCUUUGACGCACCUAGUACCAAGAUAUCGGUUCCUUUCAAUUUUCAGCACAUUUCUCAUGCUGACCUAAAGAAUGCUUUCGAAGACGAAGAGCUACCUAAUGAAGAGCCGAUCUCGCCAAUCGCUCUCAAUAAAGCUUUUGUUACAAAAAGCCCAGAGCCAACGCCCUUUGCGGCACUUGGCAGGAGAACUUCAUAUAGCUCAAAGAGUCCAUCGCUACGUCGGGCGUCAUCGCUCGCUUCCUCACAAUAUUCGUCCACCACGGCAAGGAUAGUGUCUACGUCAACAAUGGCCACCUCUGUCAACGACUACUCUUCAUCGCUGAAAAAAUUAGACCAGCUUGAGAAAGUUCAUCUGAAGCACAAAUAUAAUAAAUCGGAUGCAAGCAGCGUCUCUGUGGAGUUUUUGAAGAGUUACAACUUCCCUACGGUUUUAGAAGAUGUUCCAUUGGCAGAGGUCAGAACUCCAGAAAUGUCCAGAGACCAAGGCGACAGAUUCACAUGGGAAUCCCCUGAAAACUCAGAGGCGCUGUUGGAGACCAUGCUUCAAACAAAAUGUCCAAUGUCAGGCAACGCGUCACAGCCAAGAAGAAAGUCCGACUCGCAGUUAUUAGUAUCACCUAUUUGCGAACAGCGUAGUUCAUAUUUGGACACGCCCAAAACAAGAAAAUCUGUCGACGAUAUUCUACUUUGCUACCACCAGCCCAGCGAAACGAGCUCCGAGGCUUACUGUUCAACGGAGUUCUCUUUCAGCCCGGGCUCGGGCAAAGGACAUGCUCGCACAUCUUGGGGAGGAUAG